AUGCUGGCCGAUGAUGACGCGCGUCACAAAUACGCCGUUGAGAACAAUAGCAGCACCACAGCGAACGACACUUUUAGCUUGUUCGAUGACACGCGAUUGAUAUCGAUUCUAAAGUAUGGAGGGAAUAAUCAUAGUACGAAGAUUGGAGAACUUCUGAGAGCGUUGGAGGACUGGAGAAACAGAUAUAAUAUAUCAGUUAUUAAGGAAUGCGAUCGUUCGGAUUAUUGCUCUGGAGAAUUUCGAGACGUUAUUGUAGCAUACAACGGCAUUCACGGCUACGUCAGUUUAUUGAUUUGUCUAUUCGGUAGUUUAGCGAAUGCUUUUAAUGUAGCUGUACUGACACGACGCGAUUUAGCUGCGGCACCCAUUAACCGCUUACUGAAGUGGCUUGCUGUUGCUGACGUAUUUGUGAUGAUGGAGUACGUCCCUUUCUCCAUUUAUAGAUAUAUGCUGCUGCCAGGGCAAGAAGAACGGCCAUAUUCAUGGGCUGUUUACAUGUUAUUUCAUAUGCAUUUCACACAAAUCCUGCAUACUGCAUCCAUACUUCUUACGCUGUCGCUUGCUAUAUGGCGGUACAUAGCGAUCAAGUAUCCGUCACAUGGUCCAUCAUUAUGUACAGAUAGACGUUGCUCAAUGGCAAUAAUAAUAAGUUUUCUUCUUCCACCUGUCCUUUGUAUACCUUCGUAUUUUGUAUUUACAAUUCAUAACGAGUACUCAUUUGAUAAAACCGCAACCAAGGUGGCAUCGAAGGUUUACUACGUGGACUCCGACUACGACGGCAGUCUUUAUCAACUCAAUUUUUGGGUCCAUGCUGUAUUUAUAAAACUGUUGCCAUGUGUUAUUUUAACGGUUAUUAGUGCAUGGCUAAUACGUGUUUUAUAUCGUGCGAAUAGCAGGAAGAAAGCAUUAAAGGGAUAUAACGCAUGUCCUGCUGUUGUUAAUGGCAAUGGGAACAUUUUCACGAGAAAGUUCACAAAACGUACAAAAGCUGAAAGAAGAACUGAUCGAACUACAAAAAUGCUCGUGGCUGUCCUCAUUUUAUUCCUAUUGACUGAAUUUCCGCAGGGUAUCCUUGGUUUGAUGAGCGGUGUUCUAGGUAGAUGCUUCUUCAAGCGCUGUUACAAUUUAUUUGGAGAGUUAAUGGAUGCGUUAGCACUUCUAAAUGGUGCAAUCAACUUCAUUCUCUAUUGUUCUAUGUCUCGACAGUUUAGGACCACUUUUGGACAGAUC